UAUUUACUUAUUUGAUAUGAGGAAACAGAUCUAAAGUCCUGUACCUCCACAUAUGACAGCAACAAACUCGUUUCCAACACGUUAAGCGUCUAACAGUAGUCAUGCCGCUGAAAGCACUGGCUGCAAAUCUAGCCUUGGACCAAGACGUUCAUUGCAUGAAUGUCUUGAAAACGAACCCCGUUUUUCGUGUGGGGGUUCCUGGUCUAGACUGAUUCAAAUGUGACGGAGAUAACAGCUGGGAGCAGAAGUGCUUGUCGACCGGCGUGGAGAAAUGCGCGUCUGAUGUGAACGGGCUCGCGCGAGAAUUUCGGUGCACUGCGCUUCGCAGCACUUCGUUGGCAGUAUGGCCCUGAAAUAAAACCCAAACAGAUUGGGUGUAAAGUCCAUAGACAGCAGUGGACUGAUUGUGUCAAAGCCCAUGUCCUCACUGGAGACCUUUUUAAGCCUAUGUCAUUCACUAUUUAGAACAUAAUGGAAAUUCAAGUGUUCACUCUGGAUGCCUUCACUAAUUUACCUUUCAAGGGAAACCCUGCGGCCAUUUGUCCACUGAUGCAUGAACUGAGUGAUGACUUGUAUCAGAAGAUAGCAGUAGAGAUGAACCUGUCAGAAACAGCUUUCAUCACCAGGAUCAACCCCUCUGAUAGUUUUACAACAGGAUCACGCUUUAAACUUCGAUGGUUUACACCAACUAAUGAAGUGAACCUGUGUGGUCAUGCCACUCUGGCCUCUGCUGCAGUGCUUUUCAACUGCAAGAAGAAUGUCAACCCCAAACUGGUGUUUGAGACCAGGAGUGGAGAUCUGGCUGUCACCCAGCAGGGGGAGGGAUACCUCAUGGACUUUCCUCUCAACCCACCCACCCAGCAGGAUCCCAAUGACUUCAGAGACAUCAUCCAGGCUGCAGUUGGAAACCUCCCAAUCCAGGAUGUUUAUCUGAGCUCCACCACCAAGAAACUGAUGGUUCGACUGGCUGACAGCUGUGACAGGUCAGCACUAACCAGUCUGAGAGUUGAUCCUGUCGCUUUGCAGAGCAGUGAUAGGAGUGGAAGAGUCAAAGGACUAAUCCUCACCAUGAAAGGAUCCCCAGACUGCCAGCCAGGAUACGACUUCUACUCAAGAUACUUUGCUCCGUGGAAUGGCAUCCCUGAGGAUCCCGUCACUGGGUCGGCUCACACCGUGCUGGGUAGCUACUGGUCUGAUAAACUAGGAAAGAAGAGAAUGCUGGCUUACCAGUGCUCCAGGCGAGGUGGGGAGCUGGAACUGGAAGUGAGAGACGACGGAAGAAUCAACAUAGGUGGACAGGCCGUCACUGUGCUGCUGGGAACGAUCACACUAUAGCCGAGGACACAUGCAAGCAAAGAGAGUUGGGGAUGACGGGACUGUCAGUAUGUACCUGCACACAGGAGCAGACACAGGGUUUCCAACAUUUGAUAGCGAUGGUUUAAAUAAAAAGAAAAACAGCUUAUUGUCCAGACUGGAUCAUCUAAUAUUUAAACAUCACCAAGCAACAAACUACAAGAUGAAAAGAAGCUC